UGAUUCGACACUCAGCUUUUGGAAGCCGACGGGAAAACACGUUAGUUGAAAACGUACUAAAAAAACAUCAACAUGUCGAAGAUCGGAAUCAACGGAUUUGGCCGCAUCGGUCGUCUGGUUCUGCGUGCUGCCAUUGCCAAGGGCGCCCAGGUGGUAGCCGUCAACGAUCCCUUUAUCGGUGUUGACUACAUGGUUUACCUGUUCAAGUAUGAUUCGACUCAUGGACGCUUCAAGGGAGAAGUUUCCGCCCAGGACGGUCAGCUGGUUGUCAACGGCCAGAAGAUCCAGGUCUUCCAGGAACGUGACCCGAAAGCUAUCCCAUGGGGUAAGGCUGGAGCCGAAUACAUUGUUGAAUCGACCGGUGUGUUCACUACAAUCGACAAGGCCUCAGCUCAUUUGGAAGGCGGUGCCAAGAAGGUUAUCAUCUCGGCUCCCUCGGCUGAUGCACCGAUGUUCGUUGUCGGUGUCAACCUGGAUGCUUAUGAACCAUCGAUGAAGAUCGUAUCGAAUGCUUCUUGUACCACCAACUGCUUGGCUCCACUUGCCAAGGUUAUCAACGAUAACUUCGGAAUCCUGGAAGGUCUGAUGACUACUGUUCACGCUACCACUGCAACUCAAAAGACCGUUGAUGGUCCAUCCGGCAAGCUGUGGCGUGACGGUCGUGGUGCCGCCCAGAACAUUAUUCCAGCAGCCACUGGUGCUGCCAAGGCUGUUGGUAAGGUCAUUCCAGCCCUGAACGGUAAACUGACUGGUAUGGCUUUCCGUGUCCCAACCCCGAACGUGUCGGUCGUCGAUUUGACAUGCCGCCUGCAAAAGCCUGCUUCAUAUGAUCAGAUCAAGCAGAAGGUUAAGGAAGCUUCGCAAGGACCCUUGAAGGGUAUCUUGGACUACACUGAGGAAGAGGUCGUCUCCACUGACUUUGUGGGUGACACUCAUUCUUCGAUCUUCGACGCCAAGGCUGGAAUUCAACUGAGCGACACUUUUGUUAAGCUUAUUUCGUGGUACGACAACGAAUAUGGCUACUCCAACCGUGUCGUUGAUCUGAUCAAAUUCAUGCAGACCAAGGACUAAAUAACCUAACCCCCAGUCCAAAUUACAUAAACAAUACCAAUUCUCUCAGGGCUUGAUGCCGCUGAUCUGUUACACAUAGACAUUGCGUAUCAUACACUUACACUUGCAAAGCAGAAAUCCCAACACCUCAAAACACGCCGAAGUGUAAUCCUCCUGUACCAACGGAACAAAACAAGGAAUAAACGGAUGAUUGAACGCACCCUACAAAACAAAAUAAACAAUUACACACAUCUGUUUAGUUGAUAAGAUUAAUGAUAAUAAUUAUUAUAACUUUUAAUUGCCGAAAAAUGCUGAAAAUUAGUAAUACUUGUUGUGUAUUGUCAAGAAAACCAUACCCUAAAAUACGAUCGCUUAAAGUUAGAGAGAGACAGACAAAGUAACCCAUUAUAUUAGCGCGCGUUGCCGACCCCAGCGCUGCAUCCUCGAAGUGGCGUAACAUCAUCAUUCGCCCCGCCGAAACGUCGGACAUGGGCAGCAGCAGGGAACACGGCAAACAAUUUCGUAGCAAUAGUCAGGUAUUUCAUUUUGAAAAUGAUGCAUUAUGGAAAGGAAUAAAGAACCUAGAUUGUUACUAGUCGAGUAAAUAACAG